AUGUCGCGAAGCCACUUCCAACGCCCCGAGGCCGCCCUCAAGCGUGCCGAAGAACUCAUAGCCGUUGGGAAGGAGCAGGAUGCGCUCGAUGUCCUUCAUGACACGAUAAAGGCCCGCCGCCACAAGCAGCAAUGGUCCCAGACGCACGAAGACAUCAUGAUGAUGCACGUCGGCCUCUGCGUAACGCUGCGCAAGCCCCAAGUCUGCAAAGAUGCGCUCUUUCAAUACAAGGCCCUGUCGCAAACUGUCGCGGUCACCUCGCUGGAGAAAGUGCUCACCCACGUGCUCGAUCUCGCUCGAAAGCGCGCCGAGGAGGCCCAGAAGUCGUCGAUUGACAAGGUCGAAGAGAUUGACGAUCUCGAUUCUGGCGACAAUCCGGAGCACCUGCUCCUCUCCGUCGUCUCCGGCCACCUGGCCCAAGAUCGCAUGGACCGCACGGUGCUGGCCCCGUGGCUGCGCUUCAUGUGGGACAGCUACCGGAACUCGCUCGAGCUGCUGCGGAACAACCACCAGGUCGAGGGCCUCUACAACAAGAUCGCCCAGGCCUCGCUCGACUUCUGCCUCAAGUACCAGCGCCGCGCCGAAUUCCGCAAGCUGACCGACCUGCUGCGUGGGCAUCUGAUGCAGAUCCAGCGCCAACAACACUUGGCUCACGGUGUGAAAUUGAAUUCGCCCGAGUCGCUGACGCUGCUCCAGGAAACCCGGCUCAAGCAGCUAAACACGGCCAUCCAAAUGGAGCUCUAUCAAGAGGCCUUCAGAUCGGCCGAAGACGUGCACGGCAUCAUGCAGCUCUCCAAGGACAAGGAUCGCCGUAUGGUCCGCCCGGCCAUCUGCUCCACCUACUACACCAAGCUUGCCGUGGUCUUCUGGAAAGCUGGCAACUACCUGUUCCACGCGGCCGCGCUCCUCCAAAAAUUCACCAUCUGCAAGGACCUGCGCAAGAACUGGACCCCCGAGGAGGCCCGCGAGCUCGCCACAGCCGUUCUGCUCGCCAUUCUCUCGAUCCCGGAGGGCGCCGAUCACCCGUCGCUCUUCAAGCGGGCGCUCGACCUCGAGGUGUACCACGGCGUCAAUAUGAGGGUCCUCUCGAACCUGCUCGACCUCGCCAUGAUCCCGUCUCGCGCAAGCCUCCUUCGCGAAGCCGCACGCCAGGGCAUCAUCGAAUCGGCCGACGAGACCGUGGUCAAGCUGUACGAACUGAUGGAGAUGAGCUACUCGCCAAAUGAACUGUCCAAGAAAGCUGCCGAGGUUUUGACCGUCCUGCAGGGCCAGCCCGAAUCCGCGCCGUACACCGAGGCCCUGCAAUAUUCCAUCGCUGUCAAGGUCUUGAAUCUGGGUUCUCGCCUCUACCAAGUCAUGUCCUGGGCCAAGCUGCGCCGGCUCCUUCCUUCUUUCGGAGAGCUCGAGAUCGAGUUCUUCCUGGCCGAAGUGAGCAAGAUGCGGCUGGUUAAGUUCACCAUCGAUCAUCGCAACGGCCAGCUGAACUUUGACGAGCCGGUCGGCGACACGCUCGCCGGCGGAUUUGAUGAAAGCGAUCAUCGCUCCGGCCACAACUUGCGCACCCAUCUCGAGGUGCUGUACACGAAGCUGCAAGACUUUGACCUGAUGUUCACCGGCGAGAAGAAGCGCGAGGAGGCCGUCGACAGGAUCAAGAGGCUCGUCGGCAUCUACAAACACCACAAGGACGCCGACUCUGACCGCUUCCACCAGCGCCGUGUCAAGAUCGAACGCAACAAGGAAGCCGGCGAGCGCCAAGUGCAAGAACUCAAGGCCCAGGCCGACCGCGAGCGCCAGCAACGCGCCGAACGUCAACGCCAGGAGGACAAGAUCCGCCUGGAGAAGGCGCGCAAGGAUCAAGAGCUCCGGCGCAAGGAGGCCGAGAAAGAUGAGGUCGAGAAGAAGAUACGGAUGGAGAAGAUGCGCAAGCUGCUGCAGAGCUCGCUCUACAAGGACGUCCUAUCGAAGUACACCGAGGACGAGCUGGCCAAUAUGGACCCGGAGGAGAUCAUGCGUGAGCAGCGCAUCGACAUGGACAACAAGCGCCAGGCCACGCAGAAGCGCCUCGAGCAGCAGGACCGCAAAUUCGACCACACGGUCCGUGCCGAUCACAUUGAAGAGGCCAUCGAACGUCGUGCCCGCGAUUGCCGGCGUCAAGAGACCGUGCCCAAGCUGUUCAACGCCUACGAGGAGCGCCGCAUCGCCAAAAUCAUGGCUGCCCGCGAAUUCGCCGUCAACGUUUGGGGCAAGCUGCAGACGGUUGCCGAUGAGGCGAACGCCUGGAUGGCCAAGGUGAAGGUCGACAGGGCUGGGCACUUUGAGGCCAAGAUGAACGACUUCAAGGAGAAGCUGAAGGCCGUGCGCGAGGAUCGGUUGGCGUCGAGGGCGCUGGCACGCCGCGAGGAGCGCCGGCGGCAAUGGCAACAGGACCGGAUCGAGGCUGAGGCUCGCCGGAAGAAGGAGGAAGAGAUGCAGCGGGAGCAGCUGCAAGAGGAACAGCGCCGGGCUGCCCGUGGAGAUCGCCCGGAUCAUCACCACCGCCGCGAGCGUGACGAUGAGCCCUCGCGUGCGAUGGCCGACGACAACUGGCGCGCCGGUGGCGGCGAGUCGAUUGUGCGCCGCGUGGAACGCGAGCGUGAGCGUGACUUCGGAGGAGACCGGGACCGUCAACGCCCGUCGAUGGCGCCGCGUGAGCCUCGUCAGCAACCGACUGCCCCUGCCGACGCGGACAACGCCUGGCGCGCCGGGGCCCGCCCGCAAGCUGCCCGCCAUCCGGAGCCGCCUCGUCAUGCACCUGAUUCGCAUCGCCGCGAGCCUGUUCAUCACCAUGUCGCCGCCUCGGUGGCCGACACUGAAGACAAAUGGGCACGUGGCAAUGUUGUGAAGCGCCAGCCGCCUCCCACUUCCGCCCCGCCUCCGGACCCGGCGCCUUCCGCCCCUGUUGCUGCCGCGCCGCCGGCCGCCCCGAAGAAGAGCGCCUACGUUCCACCACAGCGCAGGCAGGCCAUGGCCGCUGCUCAACCAGCUCCAGUUCGUCGCCAAGAAGAGGAGGUGGAUGCCGAGGGCUUCACGACCGUCAAGACGAGCCGUGGGCCCCCGCGCUCCACGCCCACCCCGCCGGCGCCUUCGUCCUCCUCUCAUGAGCCUCCUCGCGGCGCUCAAAUCCUGCGACGUCCGCCCGGUGGCCCCGCGAAAUCUGCCGACGCCGACUCGGACUGGCGCAACGUCGCCAUGUCGGACGUUGACAUGAAGGAAGAUUACGACAUGAAUUAUGAGGAUGGGGACGGGCAAGAAGAAGUGGAAGAAGUGCCCGAAGCGAAGAAAAAGGUUUACGUCCCCGGGGUCAGCCGAGCACUACAAGAGGGCGAGGAGCUCGAGUUCGACCCCGAAGCCUACAAGCUGUUUCACACUUUUAAUACAAACUGGCCGUGCCUGUCGUUUGACGUUGUGCGCGACAACCUGGGCGAUGCACGCGAUAAAUGGCCGAUGGAGAUGUACAUCGCCUCCGGCACGCAAGCCGAAAAGCCCAAGCUCAACGAGAUUUUCGUGCUCGGCGUCAAGAACCUGAUCGGAAACGACGCGAAAGACGACGACGCCUCUUCAUCAGACGACAGCGACGAUGAGGGCGAGGAAAAAGAAGAUAAGCAAGCCAUCCUGCACUCCGUCUCCAUCCCCCACUUUGGAGACGUCAAUCGGACGAAGACCGCACGCCUUGGAGACGCCAACGUGCUCGCCGUGUGGAAUGGGCAGGGCAAGGUGCAAUUGUGGAAUAUUACAGAAGCCCUAAACAUGGCCAGCCAAAUGACGGGCAAAUCGGACAACAAGGUGCUCAAGGACCAGAAGCCGCUGUUCUCCUUCUCCGGCCACAACAACCAGGGAUACGCGCUCGCGUGGAACCCGCAGGAAUUGGGUCAAUUGGCGUCCGGCGGCCAGGACCGCAGCAUUUUCAACUACCACAUGCAGGAGGGCGGCUCGUGGGUCGUCGAUUCGAAGCCGUUGCGUGGCCAUACGAACUUCGUCGAGGACGUGCAGUGGAGCCCGGCGGACAAGUCGAUCCUCAUCUCGUGCAGUGGCGAUCAAACAGUGCGAUUAUGGGACACGAGGAUACCGGCCAAGGAUGCGUGCAUCUGCGUCGUCGAGAAUGCGCACGAUGACGACGUGAAUGUGCUGUCGUGGAACCCGAGCCCGAUGAACCCCUUCAUCCUGACGGGCGGCGACGAUGCGGCGCUCAAGAUUUGGAGUCUUCCAAGUCUGCGGACGGGCCAACCGGUGGCCGUGUUCAAGCACCACACGAAGCCGAUCACCUCCGUCGAAUGGCACCCCAGCGACGACACGACGUUCAUGGCCUCGUCGGAAGACGACCAGGUCUCCAUUUGGGAUGUCGCCAUGGAGGCCGACUCCGCCGCCGACGAGAUUGACGGCGUGCCCUCGCAGCUGCUCUUCCUACAUUGCGGACAAUCGGAGGUCAAAGAGGUCCAUUGGCACCCCCAGUGCCCGGGCGUGGCCAUCUCCACCGCGUUCGACUUCAACAUCUUCAAGCCGAUCAAUUGU